AUGGAUCUGAACGCGACCCCAAAUUGGAUCUUUACCCCAUUAACAAUAUCAUCUCAACCCUUAACAAUACCAUCAAUCAGUUGCUGUAACGAACUCAGCAGAGUUCCAGCAGAGAUUGGCUUCCUUCGCAACUUGACCCUAUUGGACCUUUCCAAGAACAGAUUAACCCGUUUGCCAGAGUCUAUCAUGCAUUUGACAAAGCUAGUGGAUCUCAAGCUGUCCUAUAACCAGCUCGAGUCCCUUCCAGCAGGCAUCGGUGGAUUGGUCAAACUUGCUGCGCUUUCCCUUGAUGACAACCGCCUUGAAUCCCUCCCGUCUCAGAUUGGACUCAUUAAGGGACUUGUCAAUCUGGAUCUCUCAAACAAUCCUAUCACUGUUUUGCCUGCAGAGGUUGGAAAGCUUCAGUUUUUGAGACGGUUGAACUUGGAUGGAUGUCCGCUGGUCAAGAAGUUUGAGCACCAACCAUUGCAUUCCCCACCCACUCUUCUCGAGCUGGCAGCUAGAGUCAUGGUCCGUCAUGAUGUACCGACUCCACCGAUGGUUCCCCAACAUCUAAAAUCGUAUCUCAAGAGCGCCCGUGCUUGUUCGUUCUGCGAUGGCCCAUAUUUUGACUCUUGGGUCAAGAGAGGCAAGAUGAUUGAGAAGAACGAAAUGUUCAUUCCACUCGAAUACACACUCUGUCAGCCACAUUGGAACACAGAGAUGGAACGGGUCAAGCUUUUGUUUUGCAAGCGUCCCAUUACCUCACCU